AUAAUUUAGCAUAAUUCAAACUAAACAUGAACGAAACCGAUUCUCAAGUUGAAACCAAAAUCUGCUCCAAUUGUGAGACUGCAAUAGAGAAAUCCAAGUUUAUGCUCCAUGAAGCUUACUGCUUUAGGAACAUGUACAAGUGCAAGUGCGGAGAAGUCGUACUAAAAGCUGAAAAGGAAGAGCACGAAGAGGAGAAACACCAGGAAAUCCAGUGCAAAUUUUGCUCAUUCAAAGCAAUGAAGCACGAGUUUGGUGAUCACGAAGAGAAUUGCGACAAGAAGCCUAAACUAUGUCAAUUCUGUGAGAACAUGAUCGACCAUAAUGACUACCUCCAGCAUAUCAACCGGUGAGGAAGCAGAAGCAGAAAAUGUGAAUUUUGACAGAGAAAUGUUAUGAUGCGCAACCAAAAAUAUCACGAGCAAGAGGAAUGAGCAAAAUUCAUCAGAGAAGAGUAUGAAAAAGAAGAAAAAGAAAGGAUUAAAGCACUUGAAGAAGAAGAAGCUAGAAAAGAUAGGGUAAAGGAACUCCAAAGACAGAGAAGAGCAAAGAAGAACAUCCCAGAUUCAAGCAAAAAGAGUGAGGCUUUAAGAAAGAAUGAAGAAGCAAAGCGAAAUCUCAGACAAAAACCAGCACCGAAGAAUGCAGGUCCUCCUAAAAGAGACCUCCCUUCUUAUUAUAAAGGCAAAGAAAAGGCAGGUCCUCCUAAAAGAGACCUCCCUUCUUAUUAUAAAGACAAAGAAAAAGCUUCUAAGCCUGAGGGAGUUGCUGGUAGGACCAGAGCCAAAAAGAGUGAAGUCGCUGAAAGUUAUUAUAAACCAAGCACAAGAUCUAAGAGAACAACCGCUGCUAAGAAAGAAGAUCAUAAAGAAAUUUCAAAAAGAAGUAAACCCACUCAUAGUUAUAAAAAGCCUAGGGUGGAAGAAAGAGCUCCUAGAGAUUUUCCAGUAGAUUCUCCAAUGGUAGACUCGGAUGUGAUGAAUGAAAUUCCUCCAGAACUAUUGAACCAAAUCUACUCGGAAGAUCUUGAUGAGCAAGCUGUAAAAGACUAUCAAGCGAAAGAAUACAAAGCUCCAGAGGCACCUCCAGCAGCUGAAAGAUUAGUUGAUGGAGGGAUGGAUGUUGACUAUGGACGCCCACCUCCAAGAAGAGCAAGUCCACCUCCAAGAAGAGCAAGCCCACCUCCAAGAAGAGCAAGCCCACCUCCUCCUGACAUGUCUUCUCAUAUGCCUCCCCCAGCUUCUCUCGGAAAUGACAAUGAAGAGCUCCAAAAAGCUAUCGCUGCUAGCUUAGAAGACAACAAUCUCAGACAGUUCCCAAUGAGUGAUGAUUUCGACUCAACAAUGAAUGACCCAGAAAUGCUAGAGGCAAUAGCCAGGUCAAUGCAGGAUAAUUAGAGAAUUAGAAAUCCCAAGAGUGAUGUAAUCUCUUACAUUGUUCUGU